AUGGCCGAACCAUCUGGAUCACAAGGUUCCUUGAGGAGACGUCAAGGAGGAGGUGCUAUAACUAACAGAGCUAGUAGCUCAGCAACUAUGCUGAAAUUCUACACUGAUGAUUCUCCUGGACUUAAAGUUGACCCAGUGGCAGUCAUAAUCAUAGCUCUUGCUUUCAUCGGAUCUGUGUUCUUGCUUCACAUCUACGGCAAGUUCACUCGUGGAUAG